AUGGUUAUAACGAGGAGUGGGCUACAAACGAAGGAGAUAGUGAAAGAGCAGGGCAAUCCUGUGGUUACUGGUGAUAGCUUGCAAGAGAAUGCAGAAGUGGAAGACAAAGAAAAAGAGGCUAGUGAAGAGAUUCGUGUAGAGAAGAAGACUAUUCCCUUAUCCUUUCCUCAAAGGGCAAGAAAGCAUCAAGAGGAAGCUAGUUUUAAGAAGUUCUUAGAUCUUCUGAAACAAGUUCAUGUGAAUAUUUCUCAUGUUGACAUUUUACAGAGUGUGCCAAAAUAUGCAAAAUACUUAAAGGAUAUUGAUGCCAAUAAGAAUCGGUUGGCUGAAUAUGCUACAGUUUCACUUACUCAGGAGUGCACUUCUAAAAUUCAAAAUAAACUGGCCACGAAAUUGAAGGAUUCGGGGAGUUUCACAUUGGAGAUUACCCUUGGUCAAACUAUCUGUGCACAUGGAUUGUGUGACUUGGGAGCUAGCAUAAAUCUCAUGCCCACGUCAUGGUAUCGGAAGAUGGGUUUUGGAAGCCCCAAGCCUACUACUACUGUGUUGAAGUUGGCAGACAGGUCACUUGCUAGACCAGAUAAUGUUAUUGAAGAUGUACUCAUUCAAGUGGAGUUUUUGAUUUUUCCUAUGGAUUUUGUGAUUCUCGACUUUGAGGCUGAUCCAGUUGUUCCAUUUAUUUUGGGACAACCAUUUUUAGCAACAACGCAGUCACUCAUUUAG